GGCGCCAUCACGGCGGAGGAGGCGCAGCGCUCGAGCGCCCUGAACAUCGUGGGCAUGGUGGGAUCCAUCGACAACGACUUCUGCGGCACCGACAUGACCAUCGGCACCGACUCGGCGCUGCACCGCAUCAUCGAGAUCGUGGACGCCAUCACCACCACGGCCCAGAGCCACCAGAGGACCUUUGUCCUGGAGGUGAUGGGGCGUCACUGUGGGUACCUGGCCCUCAUCACCGCCCUGGCCUGCGGGGCCGACUGGGUCUUCAUCCCCGAGUCCCCCCCCGAGGACGACUGGGAGGACCAUCUGUGCCGGAGGCUGACGGAGACCCGGGACGGCGGCUCCCGGCUGAACAUCAUCAUCGUGGCCGAGGGGGCCAUCGACAAGCACGGCAAGGCCAUCACGUCCGACGACAUCAAAUCCCUGGUGGUGAAGCGCCUGGGCUACGACACCCGGGUCACCAUCCUGGGCCACGUCCAGCGUGGUGGGACCCCCUCGGCCUUCGACCGCAUCCUGGGCAGCAGGAUGGGGGUGGAGGCCGUCAUGGCCCUGCUGGAGGCGACCCCCGAGACCCCCGCCUGUGUGGUGAGCCUGUCGGGCAACCAGGCCGUGCGCCUGCCCCUCAUGGAGUGUGUGCAGGUGACCAAGGACGUGACGAAGGCCAUGAACGAGGGGCGCUUCGAGGAGGCCGUGAAGCUGCGGGGCCGGAGCUUCGAGAACAACUGGGAAGUGUACAAGCUGCUGGCCCACAUCCGCCCCCCGGCCACCAAGAGCGGGUACACCCUGGCCGUGCUGAACGUGGGGGCCCCGGCGGCGGGGAUGAACGCGGCCGUGCGCUCCACCGUCCGCAUCGGGCUCAUCCACGGCCACCGCAUGCUGGCCGUGCACGACGGCUUCGAGGGGCUCGCCCUCGGCAUGGUGGAGGAGAUCAACUGGAACCGGGUCGGGGCCUGGACGGGCCUGGGGGGAUCCAAACUGGGCACCAAGAGGACUUUGCCCAAGAAAUACUUGGAGGAAAUCAGCGCCAACAUCAGCAAGUUCGGGAUCCACGGGCUCGUCGUCAUCGGGGGCUUCGAGGCGUUCACGGGCAGCCUGGAGCUGGUGGAGGGGCGGGCACGGUACGAGGAGCUCUGCGUCCCCCUCUGCGUCAUCCCGGCCACCGUCUCCAACAACGUGCCCGGCUCCGACUUCAGCAUCGGCGCCGACACCGCGCUCAACACCAUCACCACCACGUGUGACCGCAUCAAGCAGUCGGCGGCGGGGACCAAGCGCCGCGUCUUCAUCAUCGAGACCAUGGGCGGCUUCUGCGGCUACUUGGCCACCAUGGCGGGGCUGGCGGCCGGCGCCGACGCCGCCUACAUCUACGAGGAGCCCUUCAACAUCCGCGACCUGCAGGUCAACGUGGAGCACCUGACGGAGAAGAUGAAGACCACGGUGCAGAGGGGGCUGGUGCUCAGGAACGAGCGGUGCAACGAGAACUACACCACGGACUUCAUCUACAGCCUCUACUCCGAGGAGGGCAAGGGCAUCUUCGACUGCAGGCAGAACGUCCUGGGGCACAUGCAGCAGGGGGGCAGCCCCACGCCCUUCGACAGGAACUUCGGCACCAAGAUGGGCGCCAAGGCCGUGGCCUGGAUCACCGGCAAGAUCAAGGAGUGUUCCCGCCACGGUGGGUGCCCCCCCUGGGGCUGCCUGGAGGAUCUGGGGGGCAGGGAGGGGGGUUCCCACUCUUCCCCACAGCCAAAGGCAGCCCCCAGCCCUUGCCCGGUGCACCGCCUCCCCAAGGAGCAGUGGUGGCUGAAGCUGCGGCCCAUCCUGAAGAUCCUGGCCAAGUACCACACGGAGCUGGACACCUCGGACACGGCCCACAUGGAGCACCUGAGCCGCAAGAUCCCCGUGCCCAGCGUGUGACCCCCCCCCGGGCCACCCCCCGGAGCCUCGGGAACCCUCGGGAACCUUCUGGAACCCUCUGGGAAGCGGGACCCUCGGGGUCGGCUUUUUGGGGGGCUUUUAGGGGCUUUUGGGAGGGAAAAGGGGUCCUGUGGGAGGGCAGGGUGGGCACUUCAGUGGGAAACCCCCCGGAAUUGGGAUGCUUUAAUAAACUCCCCCCUAAAUCGUGUGACACCCCCCUGUCCCUGUGCCACCCCCUGGAGCCUCUGGAACCCUCUGGAAAGCAGGACCCUCGGGGUCGGCUUU